AAAAAUUUCAAUUUUUCGUUCAACUUUUUCAAGAAUUUUUGAUUUAUGUGGAAAUUUGUGUCAAAAUCAUGGAAGAUUCCAAGCCAAUUCGUGCGAAAAUUGUCGGCGAGUCCGAUAAUCAAGUCUAUUUCUCUCCCCGCAAAACACGGAACGUCAGAAAUCGGAAGCCGGUAAAGGUCGAAUUUGAAGAAAAAACGAAAAAAUCGAAGAAACGCGUGUCAUCUGAAGCAGAAUCAUCUAACAGCAACACAAAUACGAGUCCAAAGAAGUCAAAAUGGGAACCAAAAAAUUUUCAAGAGACUUUACAAAACAUUCGGGACAUGCGAAAAGAACAUCCUGCCCCUGUUGAUACCAUGGGAUGCGACGUUUUUCACGAUUCCGAGACAGAACCGCGCAUUUGUCGCUUCCAUUCGCUCGUUUCGUUGAUGUUGUCGUCCCAAACGAAAGACGAAACCAACUUUAGUGUCAUGACGCGGUUAAAAAAUCGCUUCAAAACCUUCUCGCCGGAGCAAGUUAUCGAAUGCAGUGAAUUUGAGUUUGAAGAAUUGAUUCGUCCUGUUUCGUUUUACAAGACAAAAGCCAAACACAUCAAGCAAACAUGCGAAAUUUUGGUCAACGAGUACAACGGAGACAUUCCAAAGUCAAUUGAGGGAUUGCUAAAGUUGCCGGGCGUUGGAAAGAAGAUGGCUCAUUUGUGCAUGAAGAGCGCGUGGAACAUCACAACGGGCAUUGGAGUCGAUGUGCACAUGCAUCGCAUCAUAAAUCGGCUGAAUUGGGUACCGAAAGCGACAAAAAACCCGGAAGAGACACGAGUUGCGUUGGAAGAUUGGCUUCCGAUGGAUUUGUGGCCCGAAAUUAAUCAUUUACUCGUUGGAUUUGGGCAAACGAUUUGCGCGGCGAAACCAAAAUGUGAUAAUUGCAAGAAUUCCAGCAUCUGUCCUUACUAUCCGACAUAUUUGAAGGAGCAAAAACCUAAAAAGGGAUCAAAGUAAAUAUUGAAUUUGAUUAAAAAUUAAAGAAAAAUGAGAAAUAUUUAUGUGUUAAAAUAAAAUAAAGAAGAUUUU